ACUCUCCCUCAGAACUGUGAAUAUGUCUUUCAUAUGAAUAGGACCUUUGAUAGUUAGACUGUUUGUACAUAUUAUAAUAAUUGUUGGCUCUUGAGACCAUCCUUCCAAAAGACCAUUGUUGAUGAUAGCAGACAGGGGUGUUACAGAUGGUCAGGUUGACUACUUGGAACGUUAAUGGGAUACGCAACCCGUUUUCGUAUCAUCCAUGGCGAGAGAAGCGGUCCUUCGAGGCGAUGUUCGACGCCCUCGAUGCGGACAUAGUCAUCUUCCAAGAGACAAAAAUCCAAAAAAAGGAUUUGCAAGAUGAUAUGGUUCUCGUUAAUGGCUGGGACUGUUUUUUCAGCCUUCCCAAGUAUAAAAAAGGAUAUUCUGGAGUCGUAAUAUAUACCAGGAAUUCUAAAUGCUGCCCGAUUCGGGCUGAAGAAGGGAUUACGGGCAUUCUUUGCCUACCCGCAUCAGUGUCACCGUUUCCUUCUCCCACUUCAUUCCGCGACUUACCGGAAGAGGCACAGAUCGGUGGUUACCCUACUGCUGAACAGCUGGCUCUUUCAGACGUAGAUGCUUCCACGCUUGAUUCUGAGGGACGCUGUAUGAUCCUGGAAUUUCCAGCAUUUGUUUUGAUUGGUGUUUACUGUCCCGCGAACAGGGACGAAACGCGAGAUGGUUUUCGAACAGGGUUUGUAAAUAUACUGGAUGCCAGAGUACGGAACCUGGUCGCUAUGGGGAAGCGCGUUAUCGUGACGGGGGAUUUAAACAUAUGUGGCUCAGAAAUCGAUUCGGCUCGCGCGCUUGAAGAGAUACGGAAAGGUAACCUGACCGAUUCGGAAUUUGUAUCUGCUCCCGUUCGUCGUGUUUUUAAUCAGCUGGUCUAUGGCGGGAAGGUUAUUGGUGACAGGGACCAAGGAAGGGAAACCCCCAUCCUUGUGGAUUUAUGUAGAAAAUACCAUCCUGAUCGGCCGGGCAUGUAUACUUGCUGGGAACAAAGAGUCAAUGCUCGACCUGGUAAUUACGGCUCACGGAUCGAUUAUGUCCUCUGCGAUAAAAGGAUGGAAGACUGGUUUUCUGCAUCCAAUAUCCAGGAGGGCCUUAUGGGUUCCGAUCAUUGUCCCGUUUUUGCCGAUCUUAAGGGCAAGGUGUUGUUGGACGGGGCAGAAGUCGACAUUCUCGACAUGCUUAACCCAAAGGGUACCUUCGAAAACGGCCAGCGGAAGCGGGAAUACUCGUCCGCAGACAUUCUUCCACUUUCAGGUAGAUUGAUUCCUGAAUUUUGUCAGCGACGAAGUAUCAAAGAUAUGUUAUUUCGGCAGAGUUCACAGGGUGGUAGCCAGGGUAGCAUGAAAGCUCCUAACAGCGGGACCACCACACUUUCUGCCGAAAAGACUUCCUUAGAUAUCAACCUUUCUACCAUAGAGGGGCCGACUAUGGCUUCUCCAUCUCCUACACCAUCGACGCCAUCAGCAGCGUCCACCACUCCUAAGCGGCCUCAUAAAGGGGACGAUGGCAUCACAUCACGACCAAAACGUUUGAAACGGAGCGAGUCAUCGACCGCUACUGCGACCAGGAAAGGGCAAAAGACCUUGAAAGGCUUCUUUGUCCCCAAAGAAUCCUCUAGUACUACAGCGGUUUCUAGAGAUGAUGAAAAAGGCUCCUCGAAUCCAUCAACCAUGGCAGGAGCAAGCAGCCCACAGAAGGGAACGACAAGAAAUCUUCCCCCAGACUCGAGCUUUUCUUGUCCAUCUGGAGACCAGUGUGGUCCAGAAGAAAACGGACGGCGACAAUUACAGACGGCUGACACAUUAUCGUACAAUGGAGAUUAUGAUAGUAAUGGUAGGGUACAUGACCCAAUUGCAAACAAGGAGUCAUGGUCAAAACUCUUCACGAAAAAGCCCCCACCGAGAUGUGAGGGCCACAAUGAACCUUGCAUCAGCCUUGUGACGAAAAAAGCGGGGAUUAACCGCGGCCGAUCCUUUUGGAUAUGCCCGCGGCCUUUGGGGCCCACGGGCAUUAAGAAAGCGGGUGACCAGUGGCGGUGCGAUACUUUUAUAUGGUCGAGUGAUUGGAAUGGCCCUAGGUGAGGGCGUGGAAUAGUUCUUUUCUUUCUUUGUAUCCCUCUCCUUGUGUGAAUCGAGGCAUGUUCCGUCACCUGGGACCUUCACACUAGGAGAGCUGGGAUUCUUGAACGUUAGAUGGGGUGAUGCAGGGGUACUGCGAAAGUGUCAGUGUUGUAUACUACUUCCAUGGGCUGAUACGGGCUUUGCAUUGCUAGCAGGCGGCCGGCAAUCGGCUCCGGAAGGUGGAGUGAUGAAGGUAUAGUUUGCACGCCAUCAAGCAUGUGUGGUGUGCCCCGCUGGGCAUACAUGUACAUUACAUUGUACAAGCCCUGCGUUGUCGAACACUAAACGGAGAUAUCACUUCAUCCUUUGCCACUUUUGAGUGCUGGCAAACAGACAUGCCAGAAAUACAUGUUUUUGCCAAGGAGCGGGGAGUCCGGUUUUAUUGGAGUGGGAUGACCGGAUUUUCGGUGGAGGUGGUACGACUACGUACGAAGCCCCUCGAGCGCCAGGAGUAACAGGGUUUCCAUGCUAUUUAUGUAUGAAGUGUUCCAGCUACUGAUUCGUUGCGGAGCCUAUCGACACAUCAAGAGGCAAGGGCAGGACGUAUGUUAACUUAUGUAGCCAUGUCGUGUAUUCGCAGCUGUGAGCUGGUCAAAUGCAUAUCUUAUCUAGGCGCCCAGGAAGCCGAUACUUGUACCCGUGUUUCGCCAUCGACCAUGCGUAGGAUAUUUUGUCAAACAUGUAGAUGGAAAGAAAGAACCUAAGGAAUAAAUAUUUUCCCUUUUUCUUUUGGUCGUGCGUGCAGAACGUACUGAGGUGAAAAUACUCCAUAGAUCUCUAGAGUUGGGUUGUCGUGCGUGUACCUGUAUCCACGCCCAAGUUCAAUUAAGUACGACCUCCUAUUGGAGGGACCUAUCUUGGCAGUGAGAGGCCAUGCUCAGAAGAUAUAAAUAAUAUUAUUAGCAAUGUAACAUGCAUGGCACAAGAGCUUCUGACUUUUGUUGUGAGGUGAGGAAUUAAUUAAUCAUCCGGAAGAGAGCGGAAGGGGCGGCCGAUGUUGCUCGAGAUUCAUCUGAUGAUGGAUCUAGCAGUGAGACAACCGUGACAACGGGCAAUAUAUCUCUCGCCUCUUCUCACCAGCUAUUUAGGAGAACUGUUAGACCGUCUUCGCUGGCGGAAAGGAGGGUUUGGUAGAAGUUGUUUGGCGCUUUUUGACCGCGGAAGAGCCCGUAACUUAAAAAUAACCUUAGCCAGCCGGCUAACUAUUAUUCAUUGAAGCAUACUCCGUAUAAAAUAUAAAAAUGCAGUGACAGAAAGUGACGGCCGAUGGAACGAUUCGA